ACUACCACCUUCAUCCUCCAUCAACCCCAUCCCAUGCUGCAUGCACCUUUUCACCAUUACCACUUUCCAAUAUAACUGUCACCUCUUUCUCUCUCUCUCUCUCACUCUCCACACUUCUAUUUAAUCACCCCCCACCAAACUCAACCUCUACUCCUGCAUACACCAAACCACAAUGGCUUUCAUCUUCCUCUCUUUCAUCUUCUCCUUCUUCUUCUUCUCCUCUGUUCAUGGCUAUGAUGCUGGCUGGACCAGUGCUCAUGCCACCUUUUAUGGAGGUGGUGAUGCCUCUGGGACAAUGGGUGGAGCUUGUGGGUAUGGUAACUUGUACAGCCAAGGGUAUGGCACAAACACAGCAGCUCUAAGCACAGCUCUGUUCAACAAUGGACUCAGUUGUGGAGCUUGUUAUGAGCUCAAGUGUGUGAGUGAUUCCAACUGGUGUUUGCCAGGUUCCAUUGUUAUAACUGCUACAAACUUUUGUCCUCCUAAUCCUUCUCUCUCAAACACUGAUGGUGGAUGGUGCAACCCUCCUCUUCACCAUUUUGAUCUCUCCCAACCUGUUUUUCAACACAUUGCUCAGUAUAAAGCAGGGAUUGUCCCUGUUUCUUAUAGAAGAGUUGCAUGUAGGAAGAAAGGAGGGAUAAGGUUCACCAUUAAUGGUCACUCCUAUUUCAACUUGGUGCUGAUUACUAAUGUUGGAGUUGCAGGUGAUGUGCAUGCAGUGAUGAUCAAAGGGUCAAAGACUAAAUGGGAACCCAUGUCUAGAAACUGGGGACAAAACUGGCAGAGCAAUACUUAUCUCAAUGGCCAGGCCUUGUCAUUCAAGGUGACAACCAGUGAUGGUCACUCUGUGACCUCCAUGAAUGUUGCUCCUUCAGGCUGGUCCUUUGGCCAGACCUUCUCUGGUACCCAGUUCCAUUAAGGACAACAAGUAGAAAGACAAAAAAAGAA